GAAGGAUUAUCUGUUCAAUCAUGUCCCGCCCACCCAUUAAUCCUGAACAAACCACCGCUGGCAUUGCUCUCGAUCCCCAAACCCUCGAACGCGUCAUCCCAGAGUCUAGACGGCCAGAUGGAACCUUUCGCAAGCAAAUAAAAAUCCGUCCAGGCUUUACACCGCAGGAGGAUGUCAGGCGCUUUCGUGGAACGAAACAAGCACAGAUGGACGUUAAUGCCUUGCCAAAGGGUCAUAUCAUUGGAUGGGCGCCACCCCCAACAUCAACAGCCGCGUCGGGAUCAAAUGGCACAAAGGCUUUGAGCAAGAGUGCCAAGAAGAACGCGAAGCGGAAAGAGAAGCGGGAGAAAGACAAGGAUGCAGUUCCAGAUAACUGGGACGACGAGGAUGAAGGGAGCAGCAAUACUACGCCAGUGUCGAAGGACUUGAAAGAUGGUGAAGCGGUCGGGCCAGACACCAAUGCUGGGAGCAGGGAGGCCGGAGCUGCAGGACUAGCGAGUGAACUAGAGAAAUUAAGUGUCAAAUAAUUGACUAUACGCUACGUUCUACUCUAGAUGCGACUGUGCGCGGGGUGGUAUACAGGCUGUAAUACAUUUGUAAAUUACCUUGGCUUUGACACGUUAGGUGUUAGGUGACCCAUUC